UUUUUUCUUUCUUUCUUUUUCUUUCGUAAGAAAACUGAUUCAUUUUUUUUUUUUUUUAAUUCAGAUCCAAUAUCCGUGGUCUAUUUGCUUACUUACUUAUUUAUCGUUUAUAGGUGUAUUCAAUGAGAAACAGGGAAGGAUCGAAAAAAAGAUUUGUCGAGAGAUAUUAAUCGAAUCCAGAGAUUUAUUAUAUUAGUCGAUCGCGUCGAUGUCAAUUUUCCACGAGUAUGAUACAGCAAUAUUUAACGCGAGAAAAAAAAAAAAUUGAUGAACGAUGGGAAUUCAAUUCAAAUUAUCAAUCAAAAAUAUGAUACACCAAUUAUCCAAGUGUAAUGCGAUACAACGUAAUGUCCAUAUCUAAUGAGAAAAUAAAAGAGCGCAGAAGAGGGCGUGUUCCGUCGCGAUUACAAUCGGAGGAUGCGUAUUUACCCUGGAGCGUGGAUCGUAAAGAUUCAACGAAAAAUCUUCCGACCCCGGGGAAGGGGAGGAGCAUCAAAAUGAACAGCAGGAAGCAACAAUACAAAGAAAAGAAAAGAAAAAGGGGGGAGGAGAGAGAGAGGAGGGAGCAGAAAACGAGAGAAAGAAGAGGACAAAAGAGAAAAAGAAGUCAGGGAGUGGAACUCGGGCCUCCAUCUGUAAGAGUAAUUGGCCAUCAAAAAAACUGCACCUUUAAUCGGACAUUAUCUACCCUCUGCUUCUAUUUAUCUUUCUCUCUUUUAUUUCCUUUUCUCUACCUCGGCGCGUAGCCAAUAUUCGCCAAGCUUAUUUUCCUUUCUUUUUUAACAUAAUGCACGUGUGCUUAUUUUAUUCAGAUUGAAUGAGUAAUUUAAUUUUGAGAAGAUUGCUUUCUUUUUUCCUUUUUUUAAUUGUUUAAGAUUAUGCAUCUGUUCUGGAAGCUGUUGACUUGCUGAUAAUUGCAAGAUUUAUUAUAGCCAUCUCAGAUCCUUUGGGAUGAUACCAGCGAUUAGGUAGCUGAGCUUUUUAUUGUUUUAUCAUAUGUAUUAUCCGGAUUAUGUUCAAAAUUGCAUUUUGAAAAUAUUGUUGCGUUUUUCAGUCUUUAAAAAAAGAAAAAAGAAAAAUACUAAAAGAACACCCUGAUAUUUCAUAA